UUCCCUGAAAACUGCGGAGAGGAGAGGAAAAUGAAAUAGCUUAAACAAACCGGGAUCAUGGCGGCACCGCUCGGACGGGACACUCUACCCGACUACUGGUCCUACGGAGUCUGUCGAGAUGGCAGGGUCUUCUUCAUAAAUGAUGAAACUCAGAACACUACUUGGCUCCAUCCUCGUACGAGUGAACCUGUCAACUCUGGACAUAUGAUACGAUCAGAUUUACCACGGGGAUGGGAAGAAGGAUUCUCGGAGGAGGGGGCCAGCUACUUCAUUAACCACAACCAGAAGAGCACUUCUUUCCGACACCCUGUGACAGGACAGAUAUCUCCGGAAAACACUGAGUAUAUGCUCCAGGAAAAGGCAGAGCCCCGGGGCAUGUCUAAGCUACCUCCACCGCCCUGUCAAAGGCCCCCCAGCAUGGUUAGUCAGACCUCCACGACUGUGACUUCAUCUACAGUGGAUGCUACCUCUGGGUCAAAGCCACAGGGCUUCAGGAGUAGUGGCAAGGUGCAUAGUUUCGGCAAGAGGGACCAUGCUAUCAAGAGGAACCCCAAUAUCCCAGUGGUGGUCAGGGGAUGGCUCUACAAACAGGACGGCUCUGGAAUGAGGCUGUGGAAAAGGAAGUGGUUUGUCUUGUCUGACUACUGCUUGUUUUAUUACAAAGACAGCAGAGAGGAGACUGUCCUGGGAAGCAUCCCUCUGCCCAGUUAUGUCAUUGCACCUGUGGAGCCUGAUGAUCACAUCAGCCGCAAAUAUGCCUUCAAGGCAAGCCACACGGGAAUGCGCUCCUACAUCUACAAUAAGAACUCUGUGAUUGGCUCACAGGCAGAACAUUGUGGGAUGAGGACGUACUUCUUCAGUGCCGACACGCAGGAGGAUAUGAACGGCUGGAUCCGAGCCAUGAACCAGGCUGCUCUCAUGCAGAGUCAUGGCAUCAAGAGAGAGACUGUUACAGAAAGACCAGAGUUGGCAGUGCAACAGGCAGUCCCCCAGACCAACCACAUCAACAACAACCACCCUACCACCAGUAAGACGUCCUCCCAGUCCGGGUCAGAGAGCCUCCACCACCCUGAGAGAGAAGAGCCUCCAGAGGGGGAGAUCCGUGUGACCCAGGGGGAGGAGGAGAGGUACAUGUUAGAGGCUCCAAAAAAGCUCAGCCAUCCUGCUACUCAGUUAGAGGUGGAAAAGCUCUCCUCAGAUCCUCUCUCUGGCUCCUCGUGCCCCAGGAACAACCAAACCCAUGCGAUCCUCACAGCACUCCCCCCAGAGGAGAAUGGGAACGUGGUAUAUAAUAGGGGCUUAGUCUCAGACACAGAGAAGCAGAUGCAGAGGAAGACAGCUCUGGCUCAAGUGGAGCACUGGGUCAAAGUACACAAGGGAGAUCCGAAGAGCCAACCGUCUACGACAGAGUUCGCCAUCCCCCUUCCCCGGCCGACCCCUCCCGCGCAGCAUAAGCCUGUGGUAGUGGAGGCCUUCCAGACGUUGCCAAAGUCCCCCAGGCUCCCAUCAGGUGGGAGCUCCCCUCCGGUGCCAUGCAAAUUACCCAGUGACUAUAAAUACGCCCAUGACAGACUCAGCCACCUACGCAUGUCCACCGAUGAGCGUAUGGCCACCAAGGAGGGCAUGGUAUGGCAGCUGUACGAGUGGCAGCAGCGGCAGCAGUUCCGCCACGGCAGCCCCACGGCGCCCAACUACGCCGGGCAGGACUUCCUCGACUCGGCCUCCUUCAGGGUCACGGUGGAGAUGCCCCGCUCCAUCUCUGUGCCCCCGUCCCCCUGCGAAGUCCCUCCGUCCAUCCCCACCUUCAAACCACUGUCCCCCCGCAGGCCACACACUCCCUCAGACAGGGUGACUGUCAGGCCGCUGAGUGAGGUGUUACCUGGGGAGGCAUCGGCCAGCUCUGGCUCCCCGGGACGCUUGUGCUCCCAGCUCUCUAAGACUACUCAGAUAGAGAGACGGUCAAUGCCAUCCAUGAGCUACAUCACACAUACAGUCAGCGCCCCCAGCUUGCAUGGGAAAACGCCGGAGGAGCUGACCCUGCUGCUCAUUCAGCUCAGGAGGCAUCAGGCCAAGAUGGCUGGCAUCCACUGCGACACUCUCCACCACCUACAGCACAACGGCCUCCUAGGCCCCAGCCUGCAGGCUGAUGAUACUUACAUGCAGCUGAAGAAGGACCUGGAGUAUCUUGAUCUGAAGGUUACUGGAAGUGAAACACUAAAAGACAGACGUUCAAGGCCCGUUAAAGUAGCAGAGAGUGAUGUUGAUGUGAAGCUAAGUCGACUGUGUGAACAAGACAAGAUCCUUCAGGAGCUGGAGACCACCAUAAGCACUCUGAAGGAAGACAAGGACAAGCUGGAGUCGGUGCUGGAUGUGUCCCACCAGCAGAUGGAGCAGUACAGGGACCAGCCGGCCCACCAGGAGAAGAUAGCCUACCAGCAGAGGCUACUGCAGGAGGACGUGGUGCACAUCCGAGCUGAGAUCUCUCAGGUGUCCACGGAGAUGGCGAAUGCCUGGAACGAGUACAGCAGGCUGGAGAGAGACGUAGAGUGGCUGAGGACAGCUCUGGAGGGCCAGAUGAACCGCAGUGGUCUCUCUCAGCUUGAAAGGUCCCAGAUAAAGAGAGAGCUAUGGAGAAUUGAAGACGUGAUGGCAGGUCUCAGCUCCAGCAAAGUCAACUACCAGUUCACCAUCUCUUCUGUAAACAACCCAGAGAGAAAACUUGUGCCUUCAUUGUUGCCAUCAUCAGUGCCUUCGCUGCCUGCCAGUCUCUCCCUGGGAGAAAUAAGACUGGCCCAGCAGCAUAGCCCCACCACCCCCACCUCCAUACAGCACACCACCGCAGCUGCCCACCCUGUGUCUGUGCCAAAAUGGGCGGAGGAGGGUGUCCCUCCCAGACCGCCCCUACCUCAGCUGUACAGUCCUGACGACCAGCCCCCAGCUGUGCCCCCGCUCCCUAGGGAGACCACCGUCAUCAGACACACGUCUGUACGGGGCCUCAAGCGGCAGUCUGAUGAACGCAAGCGGGACAGGGAGAUUGGCCAAUACACCAACGGAGACAGCAGGGUGGAGCUGCGGACAUACCUAAGCGAACCGCAGCUGCUCGGGAUGGGAGGAUCUGCUCACUUGGGGAUCAGGUCCUUGGGACAUGAUGCCGGCUACCAGACUUUGCCAAGCAGAGGACCGGCUGGCUCCUCAUCUAGGAUUAAUCAGUCCACAAAUAUCUCUUCAUAUGUUACUCUCAGAAGAGGACCCGCAACUGCCUCAGGCCUAAAGGAGAGACCAAAGAGUGCCUUGGAGCGUCUGUACUCUGGGGAUGUGCUGCAGCAGAGCAGGGGGAGAAUGAGUGCUGAGGAGCAGCUGGAGAGGAUGAAGAGGCACCAGAAGGCUCUGGUCCGCCAGCGCAAGAGGACCCUGAGUCAGGGAGAACGGCAGAGCUUUUCAUCACGGGCCUCAUACUCAUCCUCACAGCAACGCCCGCUCUCCGCAGACCUGGGCUCUUGGAGGCGAGAGCAGGAGUUUGACCUGCAACUGCUGGAACGGGCCGUACAAGGUGAGGAGGCGCGGGGUGUUGUCCAAGGAGAGGAGCGUCCAGCAGAGCACACGGAGAGACCCCGGUCCCAGUCAGAUGAAUGGUUGACCCUCCGCUCCACAGCCACACCCACCCAGGAGGUGGAUCGGGAGCCAUUGGACUACGACUUGGACCUCAGCCGAGAGCUGUCCAAACCACAAAAGGUGUUAAUCCCGGAGCGCUACAUAGACUCGGAGCCUGAGGAAACCCUCAGCCCUCUGGAGUUGGAGGCUCGCCAGCGGAACAUGGAGCGCAUCAAGAACAUUCUGGCCAAGUCCAGUGUUCAGAUCCUUGCGGGGCCCCCUGUGCAGGCGGACAAGCCAGAGAUGGUGGGACUAGAUGGGGCUGCACAACAAGAGCAGAAAAGGAUUAUUACCAUGUCUUACACCCUGGCCUCUGAGGCCUCCCUCAAGAGCAAACAGGUUGCAGUGGUGCCACUACAGCCUAACAUCCCUACCAUACCCGCUCCACCACCUCCUCCUCCGCUUCCUACUUCUUUUCCUCCUGUCUCUCAGGCACCUCCCCCUCCUCCGCUAAGCAAUGGAUUUCACUUCUCAUUUGUCUAAUCAGAGCAGAUAAACCAAAGCGGUUUCCGAAAACUGAGGUGCCAUGGUUACAACAAAACCUGGAUUCUUGAAGACAGACCUGAUUUGAUUCUAACAGUUACACUGCUUCUUAGUAGAUUAACGUUAGUGAACAUUUAACCUGCACUCAGUGGCACACGCAUCAGGACUCACACAGUGAAAAUAAAUUUGUAGCUAAACAAAGUUAAUAUUUUCUUAAGAAAAUGUAUGUAUUUGCUGAGGGAGCUGAUGUGCAUAUUCACUUUGUAAGUGUCUAAUAUGUUAAUCCAAUAAUAGAAAAUGUUUUAUACAUGUUAUUGCACUUUUAUCAUGUUAUUAUACUGUAUUAUAUUGAAGAAUUGAAGCAGAUAUUUUCAAAAGGAGGAUGAUACAGUUAUCUUGAAUAGUCAUCUGAAUUUGGAGGAAACCUGUGUUGUUUUGAAAAAAUGAUGCAGAAAGUUAACCAACUGGAAGGUUGAGAUGAACAUGAUGAUAAGAUACUGAACAUGUUAUUAUGUUAUUUUUUCUUUUAAGGCACCUUUUAUGCUUUAUCAGACAGGAAAGUGGAGAAUUUAUUUUGGGUGAAAGCACUGAGCCAGAUUCAAACCCUUGCUGCAGCAGAAAAUAUGUACCAGGGGCAGCAGCUUGGACCGCGUAUUUGUAAAAAAUGGGAAUAUUCUUACACCAAAUCACUUUCAAAUAACAUUUGUUUUUUUUAUCUAGCACUGCCAGUUUCUUAUUAGCUUGCCAAAUUCAUUUUUGCUUACAGCAUUGGGAAGAAAAUCUAAUAUUUUCUGAUUGUCUUCGGCAGUUUGCACAAUUCAUAUUUUAUUAAAAUAUUAACAUUGCAUUUGUUUAAUUCAAUGGUUUGUCUUCAGAAAAAAAGGUAUCUGAAUCCUUAAAAUUAUAUUUACGGUAUGCUGAGAUAUUCAGUGAAUUGAUUGUACAGUAUGGAAUAAAAAAUAUUGAAUCAUU